AUAUUGAAGAAAGUCUUACUUUUUCAUAUACCUCAAAAGCAAAACCUUAUCAUCUUUAAUGCUAAAAUUUACAUAUUUUCUUACCAAAUCCUCUAAUAACAACUUAACCAUUUAGAUAUUAUGCAAUCAUCUUCAAUACCCAUAUACUCAUCCUCAUUCCAUCCACUAAAGUUCCAUUCUUCACCCUCAAAACUCAAUCUUUUCCCGCCAAAAAUCCCAUUUCUAACCGCAAACCGUUACAAUUUCAGGCCUAAAAUGUCUUCUCUUGGCGGGUUUAGUGUAAAAUCUGAGAUGGGUAGUUCUGCAAGUGUUGAUGACAAUGAAUUUCCUACUUUAAUGGAAUAUAUAGGCAAAGGAGGAACUGAUGUGGGUGAUGAUUUAGUAGUGUUAUUCAGUCAUAUAGAGUAUUCUUGCAAGAAAAUUGCUGCUCUUGUAGCGUCUCCUUUUAAUUCUAGUCUUGGAAAACAAAGUAAUUUAGCUAGUGGUGGUGACAUUAGUUUGGACAGGGAUGCUCCUAAGCCACUUGACAUUGUCUCGAAUGAAAUCAUAUUGGCUUCUCUAAGAAAUUCUGGAAAAGUGGCCGUCAUGGCUUCAGAAGAAGAUGAUACUCCAAUUUGGUUAAAUGAUGAUGGUCCGUUCGUGGUAGUAACGGAUCCCCUUGAUGGUUCUCGAAAUAUUGAUGCAUCCAUUCCUACAGGAACAAUUUUCGGGGUAUAUAAACGCUUGGUGGAACUGGAUCAUCUACCUAAAGAGGAGAAGGCUAUGCUAAAUUCACUGCAGAGUGGAACUAAGCUUGUAGCUGCAGGUUAUGUGCUCUACUCAUCAGCCACGAUACUCUGUGCCAGCUUUGGUUCUGGAUCACAUGCAUUUACACUAGAUCAUUCAACUGGAGACUUUAUUCUCACCCACCGGGGCAUUAAGAUUCCUCCUCGAGGCCAAAUUUAUUCUGUGAACGAUGCAAGAUAUUUUGACUGGCCGGAAGGAUUAAGGCGAUAUAUUGAUACUGUUAGACAAGGAAAAGGCAGAUAUCCUAAGAAGUAUUCUGCUCGUUAUAUAUGUUCGCUUGUAGCUGAUUUUCAUCGAACAAUGAUGUAUGGUGGAGUCGCAAUGAACCCAAGGGAGCACCUACGUUUAGUCUAUGAGGCAAAUCCUCUUAGUUUUCUUGCAGAGCAGGCUGGGGGCAGAGGCUCUGAUGGUAAAAGCAGGAUUCUCUCAAUUCAACCCGUCAAGCUUCAUCAGAGACUUCCCUUAUUUCUCGGAAGUCCGGAGGAUAUAGAAGAGCUAGAAAGUUAUGGAGAUGUACAACAAAAAGUAAAUCCUGGAUAUGAAGUUUGAUGCUUGCACAAAUUUUAUGUUCUACGAAAUGUGCUGAAUGCUCCUUGCAGAAUUUCUUGAAAACGCAACUAAUAAUGAGAAAAUUUCGAGAGUUCUGAUAAAAAUGGUAUAUAUUUACACA